AGUUCGUUUAUGCAUGUUCUGCAGUUUACUUAGUCACAUUUCAAACAACUAUAUCUAUAAAGUUAUAUAUAUUGUUUGAUUGCAGCAUCUACAAAAUCUUGGCAAGCCCCAUGUUUGCUUGGGAAUAAAUUGCUUAAAUUGCAUUUCUUGUAUUAACAAGUGAAAAUACCUUGAUCACCAACCUCAUCAAGCAGCUUCUUCAGUUAUCCAUUCCAAGCCUGUGGUGUCCCUUGGAACACAUAAACACAGAUAUAGAGUGUCAUUUAGUCAAAGCUUCACAAGCAAUCACAACUUAACAUGCAAUUUGAAGGCGAAACAUGAACUUUAUUGACAACAACAGUAGAAAUUAACAUAUAGUUUAAACGGUAUCCAGCAAGGCUAGCCAUUUUAGAAGCUUGAUUGUCUUUGACAUUACUCUAAAGCUGCUCUCCAACAAUAAUUGGUCCAAGCAAGGCCUUGUUUCAAGCCAUUACCUGGAUCAAUCCAUGCACAUUUUCUCUAUAUAUAAUUGAGCUCAAAUGCUUUGCUCAAACAGGACUCACAAUUAGCUUGCCAUUUCAUAAGUAAGAAACAACUUAGCGAAAUGUCGGGUUCUCUGCAGCUUCUUGCUUCUGCAGCUUCGAAGAAAGUUUUUUUGUUUUCAGUGUUAUUAUUGUGCCUCCUUCCUCACUUGGCAAGUGCAAGCGACGACGGUGCAAUAACAAGGCAUUAUGAGUUUAAUGUUCGACUACAAAAUGUGACAAGACUGUGCCAUACCAGAAGCGUCGUCACUGUGAAUGGGAAAUUUCCCGGUCCUCGAAUUGUAGCUAGGGAGGGUGAUCGUCUCCUCAUCAAAGUCAUCAAUCAUGUUCCCAACAACAUAUCAAUACAUUGGCAUGGAAUUAGACAGAUUCGAAGUGGUUGGGCAGAUGGACCGGCAUAUAUAACACAAUGCCCCAUACAAACUGGCCAGAGUUAUAUGUACAAUUACACCAUUGUUGGUCAAAGAGGAACUCUCUUCUGGCAUGCACAUAUUUCUUGGCUGAGAUCAUCUCUUUACGGUCCUAUUGUUAUUCUCCCCAAGAAAAACGUGCCUUACCCAUUUGCCAAACCUUAUAAGGAAGUUCCUAUCAUCUUUGGUGAGUGGUUCAAUGCUGACCCUGAAGCUAUCAUCACCCAAGCUAUGCAAACUGGGGGCGGUCCAAAUGUAUCCGAUGCCUACACAUUUAAUGGACUUCCAGGUCCUCUGUAUAACUGCUCAGCAAAGGACACAUUCAAGCUAAGAGUCAAGCCAGGAAAAACAUACCUUCUGAGGUUUAUCAAUGCUGCACUCAAUGAUGAUCUCUUUUUUGGCAUUGCAAAUCAUAGCCUCACAGUUGUUGAAGCUGAUGCAAUCUAUGUUAAACCAUUUGAGACUGAGAUAAUUCUGCUUACACCGGGGCAAACAACUAAUGUUCUUCUCACGACCAAACCUGAAUUUCCAAAAGCUUCCUUCCUAAUGACAGCGAGGCCAUAUGAAACAGGCGCUGGCACAUUCGACAACUCGACUGUUGCUGGUAUUCUUGAGUAUGAAUCACCAUUUCUUCAUUCAGUCAUCUCAAUGAAAAAACUUCCACUUUUCAAACCAACAUUACCCUCUCUCAAUGACACAUCUUUUGCUACUAAAUUUUCCAAGCAACUUCGAAGUCUAGCCAGUGCUCAAUUUCCAGCUAAUGUUCCUCAAAAGGUCGACAAACAUUUUUUCUUCACGGUAGGACUUGGAACAAGCCCCUGUGGGCUAAAGAACCAGACCUGCCAAGGACCAAACGGAACUAGAUUUGCAGCUUCCAUUAAUAAUAUAUCAUUCAUUCAACCAACAACUUCUCUUCUGCAGUCCCACUUUUUUGGUCAAUCGAAAGGUGUCUAUCAAUCAUUUUUCCCUGCCAAUCCCCUGCAUUGGUUUAAUUAUACGGGGAACCCUCCAAACAAUACAUUCGUGAGCAAUGGUACUCAACUUAUGGUUUUGCCAUUCAACACAAGUGUAGAGCUGGUAAUGCAAGAUACGAGCAUUCUAGGUGCUGAAAGCCAUCCUCUUCAUCUCCACGGAUUUAAUUUCUUUGUUGUUGGACAAGGGUUUGGGAACUACAAUUCUAGCACAGACCCUAAAAACUUCAACCUUGUUGAUCCAGUUGAACGGAACACUAUUGGGGUGCCCUCAGGUGGAUGGGUUGCUAUUCGGUUCCAAGCAGAUAACCCUGGGGUAUGGUUUAUGCAUUGUCAUUUGGAGGUCCAUACCAGCUGGGGUUUGAAGAUGGCAUGGCUUGUUUUGAAUGGAAAGCUUCCCAAUCAAAAGCUCCAACCACCUCCAGCAGAUCUACCAAAAUGCUAAUUUCAAGUCACAAGCAAGAGUUACAAUUUCUAUUACCGAGUUGCAUUUUGUUUUCAUUGAUUUUUUUUUUGAGAUGUUUUUUCUUCAUGAGUAUCCUUAGUGAGCAUGAUAACAAUUAGCAUCUUCUGGUUUUCCAUUUGUAUCAUCCAAUUUCGAGAGGUUUGAUGAUGAGAAUAUAUUAAUAAAGCUGAAUUUUUCAUGUGAA